ACACUUCAUACUUACCUUGAUGGCACGGACCCCUUCAUGUACCAGGGUUCGUGGGCCGUGGGGGUCUCCCAUAGCACGGCGACCAUGUCCUCAGGGGAACCUCGCGGUUUGUACGGGCUUCGGCUCGUGCACCGUCUCAAUAUUUCCCUGUCCUGUUUCGGCCUAGUCUCGUGA